CACUUUAGGAUAGAAUAAGCCUUGUAGUUAAAGUAUAAUGAAUAUAAUAAAUAUAUUCUAAUGAAAUUAAGUUGCACAACAAAAGCUGCUAUGAAAUCCUCUGUACAACCCUGUACCAAGGCUAAGAACUUAUAUUUACUCAAAAAUGUAGGUAUAGUAAUUAGGUCAUGUAACCAUAGUCUGGAAGAAAUAAUUAAUGAAAUAACUGAUCAACGAAGGAGUCUGUUUCUCUUUCUUUAACUUUCUCUAACAAGGGGCCUGCUUAUAAGUUAUCUAGAGGGAGCAAUUAAAAGAAACAAGCGGAAGAAACAGAUGGUCGACAAGGACAUAAAUUAGCUCAGACCGAUAAGAACACUGCAAACUGGCAAGAUCAUCACAUACCAGACAAAGGUGAAAAGUACACCAUGAGGAAGACCUACGGCCUUCCUCCCGAAGACCCGUGCCCACAAUUCUUAGAGGAAUAUGCGCAAGCGCAAAGGACUGAUAAGCUAAUUAACAUACGAAGCGAGAGUAGGCGGGACUAGGUGAUGAAUAUGUAUAGGUAUUAAUUGAAUAUUCAUUGUUUUAUUGUAUAAAUAUAAGAUAAUUAGUUACUUUAAACAUGCACGUUAGGAUCCCCCGUGCAUCCAGCGCUGCCAAUAAAGGAUACUUAGUCACUAAGAAAUUUUGACUACGUUCUUUAAAUCAAGGGGUCCUGCCGCGCCGGCUGGCGGCGGCGGUGCUCGGCGCCCAGCGGCACAGCGCGCCUGCGGGCUCCUUCCGCAAAGUUUGCGGGGGGGCAGGCGGGGAGCGGCGGCGGGACUGCAGCAGCCGGGCGGGAGAUGCCCUGAGGAGCCUCCUGCCAACGGCGGGGCUGCGGCAGCGCCGCUGAGGCCCGCGCUGGCCGCCCGCCCGCCUGGCGCGGCGCCUCCGCCUCCGGGGCAGGAAGGGACCGCGGGGACGCGCUGCGGCUGUGCCCCCCCCCCCCCCCCCCGCGGGACUCGCCUCCUCCCAGCGCCCGGCCCCGGCUCUGGGGCUCGGCCCUCUCCUGCCGUCGGGGCUGCGGAGCGCGGGUCCUGAGCGCCCCGCUCCCGGCUCCGCGCCGGCCGGGCGGGUCGGUGCCCGCCGCCCCCGCCGCCCGAGCCCGCCGCAGCCCCGCACGGCUGCAUGCCCGCCGCGGUCUCGGCGCGGCUGGAUUCGCUGGAGUCCUGGGCCUUCCAUGCGCUGUUGGUGCUGCCCUAUAUGUUUUACGUGGGCUUGUUCUUCGUCAACGUGCUGAUCCUGUACUAUGCCUUCCUGAUGGAGUACAUCGUUCUCAAUGUAGGCAUCGUCUUCCUGCCCGAGGAUAUGGACCAGGCUCUGGUGGAUCUGGGGGUGCUCUCCGACCCCGGCUCCGUGCUCUACGAGACGGACAGCGAGCUGGAUGUCUUUGACGGGUACUUGGAGUAACGCCCCGCGGCGCUCCGAAGCGACUGCGGGGUGACGGCGGCCGGCGCGGGGCUGGGGCCGGUGUCCCGGCGCGGCCGUGACUCGGGGGCCGCCGCGGCCCCAGGAUGCCCGCGCUGCGGCUCGGCUCCUCCUGCGCAGCGUCCUCCCUUCCACAGGCCCCCCUUCUCCCGGUGCCGGGGCGGGGGACCGGGACCCGCCGCCGCCGGGCAGGGCUGCGGACACGUAGAGGGCUCGCCAGGGAACAAACCCCGCACUUGAAUAAACUAACAGGAGCAAAAUUAUGUCCAGGUUUCUGAGCGUAAUUGGUGGCAGAGACUGAAGGCAGACAACUAAGCAGCUGAAAGAAGCUUCCUGUCCUAUUCAAAUAGAGAAAUCAAUCUGUGCAAACGGAGCAGAAUUGAGCUUGCUCAUGUCAGAUUCAUUGAACACCUGAAAUGGAUUAUGACCAGGUUAAUGGAUCAAGUCAUGGAAAGAAACUAUAUACUCUGAAAUGUAGAGAUGAAAAGAAGGACACGGAGACAACAAGAAGAACUGUGAUCAGACCUUGUCAGUUGUGACUUUUCUCCAUGAUCAUUGCCUCCUGAGUGUGCACUAACUGAAGUGAUUCAUGCACUGCACCAGGCUUCCAUAGGCAAUUCUGGGAUGGACUGUAUGAACAAGUAAUAUAAGCUAUGUUCUAUUAUAACAGAAAAUCAAGAUGUUACUCAGACUUGAUAAACUUUUGAAUAAAUACCGUCACUCGAAAGGACACGCUCUACAUAACUGCUUAAGCAAGUUUUACAAUCACACAUUGAAAACGCUGCCAGUCAGUAGUUCAAAGACAGUGCUCUCAGGGGAAAAUAUGCAGGAGUGACUGCAAGGAGGUUCUGUUCAGGGUAGUAUUACGGCAAGAACUGUGCUAGUGAAAUAUUUUAUUUAAAUUGUGAGUUUUGAAAUAGAUCAGAGAGUGAAUUUUAUAUAAGUCAGAUGGAUUCAUUAUCUAACGCAGGAUACUUCGCAGAUUGUUUAAGCUCAUGUUCCUAUGUAUAGAUGUGAAAGCAAUACAAUAAAGACUGACCUUUUCCAUGAAAAAGUUAA